ACCAGCCAUCGCCGCUGUGGUCAACCCAGUCCGCCGCCCGCCAGCCAGGUCACCCGCCGCAGCCUCUCCGGGUCCUGAUCCGGGAAACUUCAGCGUGUCGACCUUGCCGCAGCAUCGCCGCUGUAUUCAACCCAGUCCGCCGCCCGCCAGCCAAGUCACCCGCUCGUCGCGCGCUUAUCGCACAGGCCGCAGCCUCUCCGGGUCCUGAUCCGGGAAACCUCAGCUUUACGUCAUGGAGGGCAUGGAGGACAAUGAAGAGCACGAUAUGGUGGUUAAUGAAACUUUUAGUAGCGAGGAAGAAGGUUACAAGUACUACAAUGCAUAUGCUAAGUCCAAGGGGUUGGGUGUUAGAAAAGAAGAGCUGACUAAGAAGCCAGGCACGAACAUAGCUUUCCGGCGUCUUUAUGUGUGCUCCAAAGAAGGAUAUCGGGCAAGGAAGCACUUUGAAAAAACUAAACGAAAACGAACACCUCGGCCACUUUCGCGUUGUGGAUGCGGUGCUCGGAUGGAGAUCGAGAUGUCUAUGGAAAGUGGAGAAUGGUUUGUAAAAGAUUUCGUGGUUGAACAUAACCAUCCACUCGCCAUUGGUGAUCAGACAACUUUCAUAAGGUCUCAUCAUGGGUUGAAUGACGCUCAAAAGGCUGAUGCCAUUGAGUAUGGGAUUGGUGGCGUUCGAACACACGAGAUUAUGGAAGUAAUGGAGAAGCAGCAUGGUGGCCCCGAGAAGGUAGGUUUUGUACCUCGGGAUCUCUAUAAUUUUUUUGCCAAGUACAGGAAGGAAAGGAUUGAAGGUCGUGAUGCUGAAUUUAUGCUCAAUUAUAUGGCUGCAAGACAAGAGAAAGAUCCAGAAUUCUUUUACAAGCACAACACUGAUAGUGAAGGGCACCUGGAAAACAUAUUUUGGGCAGACGCACAGUGUCAGAUGGAUUACGAUGCCUUUGGUGGUGUCGUGGUCUUUGAUAGCACAUACCGUGUGAAGAAAUACAAUCUUCCGUUUGUCCCCUUCAUUGGUGUGAACCACCAUCGUAGCACGACUGUGUUUGGAUUUGGUAUUGUGUCAGAUGAGAAAACGAAAUCUUAUGUGUGGUUGCUUGAAGCAUUUUUGGAGUCGGCGCAGCAGAACCAUCCUAGGUCAGUAAUCACCGAUGGUGACCAUGCUAUGGCAAGGGCAAUCUCGAAAGUAUUUCCUAAUGCAGAUCACAGGUUGUGUAGCUGGCACAUCGAGCAAAACAUGAUACGCCAUCUCCGCAAAACAAAGCUCAGCGAUUUUAGAAAAUUUGUUUAUUACUACAGGAAUGUCGACGAGUUCGAGAGUCGUUGGGCAGAUUUUUUGGAGGAGUAUGAAAUCUCAGAAAAAGAUGCAUGGAUUAAUAGGAUGUACGAGCUACGGAAGAAGUGGUCUAGAGCCUAUACCAAAGAUAUAUAUUUUCUUAGGGAUGCAGAGCGAAUUUCACUUGCUGAUUUGUUAGAGCAUACAGAUCACUGUUUAUGGCGUAUACGCAAGAAUGAGGCCGAAUUGGAUGCUAGAGCUUCACAGACAGUACCUUUUACAGAAUUAGAUGCUGAACCACUUUUGAGAAGUUCUGCAAACAUUUAUACUCCAGUGAUGUUCAAGAAGGUGAAGCAGCAGAUAGAUCAAUUGCCAAAAUGGGGGGUAGCAAAGGUGACCAAGCAGGAUGCUGUAGUAGUUUAUGUUGUUGCUCUCAAAGAGAGAAGGGAUGUCAUUUAUGAUGUGAAGCUUACCAUGGCCGGCCCAAUGCUCCAGGGAGUUAAUUGUCGCUGCCUGAAGAUGGAGACAGAGGAGAUCCCCUGCACACACAUAUUCUCUGUUCUGAAGUUCCUUGGCUUGAUCAGCGUUCCUAGUUGUUGUAUUUCGAGAAGAUGGACAAUGCUAGCGAAGCCAGCAUUUGAGUCAGAGAGGAAAGCUAAUAUGCAUGAUUGGUCUGAGCGGAUGGAUCGUUACCACAACCUCCGCAACAGGUCUAAUCUCUUUCUAUUUAAUGCUGCAAGCAGCCCGGAGAAAUCACAGAAGGUUCUUGAUUUUCUAGAGAGUCUUACGCCAGAUGUCGGCGAGGACAACAGCGAAAAUAAGGCGGCAUCAUUUGGUCCUUUGCCUGCAUACUUUUCAGGAGCAGACCAAACCUUCACGGGAAAAGUGCUGGAUCCAAAAAAAAUUAUUCCUAAAGGUGGUCCAUCGAAGAACAAUAAGCGGUGGAAGCCGAUGCAUGAGACGUGGAAAACAAAUAAAUGA